UAUAUGAAUCUCUGUAUACCAUGGCUGCAAAUCCUCUGCGCUGUGUUCAUGUCCAUCCUGUGCAACAGCACUACUUUGUAGUGGCAGAGAGCAGAUUUGUGAACAUAUAUGACUUGCGCCAUCUGAAAAGAAGAAACAAUCUAGCAGUUGGUGAACUCAACGGUCACAGCCGCAGUGUCUCCAGUGCCUUUUUCUCCCCACUCACAGGCAACAGAGUUCUGACCACUUGUAUGGACAACACGAUCAGGGUGUUUGACACUUCCCUAAUGGAGGGCAGAUCUCCUGUACUAAAAUCAAUUACGCACAACAUGCAGACGGGUCGGUGGUUGUCCAAGCUAAGUGCAGUGUGGGACCCCAAGCAGCAGGACUGUUUUGUGAUUGGCAGCGUGGACAGGCCUCGCCGAAUUCAGGUAUAUCACGAGAGCGGUCGCCGCCUUCACACUUUUCGAAACAUGGACCACCUGACCACAGUGUGCUCCAUCACGGCAUUCCACCCAAGCAGGAACACUCUGCUUGGAGGCAAUUCAAGUGGGAGGCUGCACAUAUUUACUGACAGUUUCAUCAACUAAAAAAUAUCAAAUUCUUUGUCUGUUUGUUGAUUUGAUUUGUUGGUUUUCUGCUUCCCUCUUUUUUCCCUUUUUUGUACACACAACAGCAUUUGCUUGUAUGGUUGUUUUAUAUUAAAUAUGCUGUUUGUUUUUGUUCC